UGCUUGAAAAAGAAGGGGACAAAAGGAAAAAGAAAGGGACAAAGGACGAGUGUUCCUAGCAGGAUGCUCCAGUCUGCUGCUGCUGGAAGACCCAGGGGGAUGCCACCGUUCCUGCUGCUCACCUGCCUUUCCGGCCUGAUUACACCAGCGUUGCUAAGGGCCCUAGAUCCGUGCUCCGCGUACAUCAGUCUGAACGAGCCGUGGAGGAACACUGACCAUCAAUUGGAUGAGUCCCAAGGUCCCCCUCUAUGUGACAGCCACGUGGAUGGGGAGUGGUACCGCUUUACGAGCAUGGCAGGAGACGCCAUGCCCACCUUCUGCAUCCCAGAAAACCACUGUGGAACCCACGCGCCUGUCUGGCUCAAUGGCAGCCACCCGCUAGAAGACGAUGGCAUUGUGCAACGGCAGGCCUGUGCGAGCUUCAGUGGCAACUGCUGCCUGUGGAACACCACGGUGGAGGUCAAGGCGUGUCCCGGAGGCUACUAUGUGUACCGUCUGACUAAGCCCAGUGUCUGCUUCCAUGUCUACUGUGGCCACUUCUAUGACAUCUGUGAUGAGGACUGCAAUGGGAACUGCCCGGAUGCCAGUGACUGCGCGUGCGCUCCUGGGACCAGGCUGGGUCCUGACAAGCAGACGUGCUUUGAUGAAAAUGAAUGUGAGCUAAACAAUGGUGGCUGCAGUGAGAUCUGUGUAAACCUCAAAAACUCCUAUCGCUGUGAGUGUGGAGUUGGCCGAGUGCUAAGAAGUGACGGCAAAACUUGUGAAGACAUUGAGGGAUGCCACAACACCAAUGGCGGCUGCAGCCAUUCCUGCCUUGCAACCAAGAAGGGUUACCAGUGCGAAUGUCCCCGAGGAUUGGUGCUGUCUGAGGACAACCACACUUGCCAAGUCCCUGUUUCGUGCAAGUCCGACACCAUUGAAGUGAACAUCCCCAGGGACCUGGUUGGUGGCUUGGAGCUCUUCCUGACGAACACUUCCUGCCAAGGGGUAUCCAAUGGCACCCAUGUCAACAUCCUCUUCUCCCUCAAGACCUGUGGCACGGUGGUCGAUGUGGUGAACGACAAGAUCGUGGCCAGCAAUCUGGUGACAGGCCUCCCCAAGCAGACCCCUGGAAGCAGCGGAGACGUCAUCGUGCGGACCAGCAAGCUGCUGAUCCCGGUGGCGUGCGAGUUCCCGCGCCUGUACACCAUCUCCGAAGGCUACGUCCCCAACCUGCGGAACCCCCCGCUGGAGAUCCGCAGCCGCAGCCGGGGCGUCUUCCCCUUCAUCCUGGAGAUCUUCAAGGACAAGGAGUUUGAGGAGCCCUACCGGGAAGCCCUGCCCACGCUCAAGCUGCGGGACGCCCUCUACUUCGGCAUCGAGCCCCUGGUGCACGUGAGUGGGCUGCAGAGCCUGGUGGAGAGCUGCUUUGCCACGCCCACAUCCGCGAUGGACGAGGUCCCCAAGUACUACCUGAUCCGCGACGGCUGCGUGUCCGAUGACUCGGUGAAGCAGUACACAGCUCGGGACCGCCUCGCAAAACACUUCCAGGUCCCCGUCUUCAAGUUCGUGGGCAAGGAUCACAAGAAAGUGUUUCUGCACUGCCGGGUGCUCGUCUGCGGAAUGCUGGAUGAGCGGUCCCGCUGUGCCCAAGGCUGCCAUCGGCGGAUGCGUCGGGACACAGCGGGCGAGGAGACGGAUGAUGUACAGAACAAGGUGCUGACUGGCGGCCCCAUCAUCAUUGACUGGGGGAACUAGUGGACACACAGCACCGUGAGGCCCGACCCCUAGCUGGCCUCCUCCUUGGAACAUCACCCUCCACCCUCGGCGAACACCAGUCAACAUCCUAGAAAAUCGACCUUUUCCGAGUCUCAUACUGUGAGUUUAUUCAAACUCUGCUCCGAGUUGGAGAAGUUGGCAGAAACCUGUCCCCAGCCCUGCUCAGUGAUGAGACCCGGAUGGAACCUCUUUCUCAUGUUGAAAGCUAAACUCUCUUUCCUGCAAGAAAGCACAACGCAGUAGGAGCACAGAAACCGGAAUUGUGUACAACAUUUCAAAUGAGAAAUAACCGUUAAUUAAAUUGUUGUUUGGAAUUAUAAAUAAAAUCCCAAUGAUGCUUUAUUCACAUAAGUAAUAAUCAUCCUCAGAAAUUUUCAUUAAAAUUCAUCAAUAUAGCAGUGGGUAAUUAUUUUUGAAAAUGCUUUUUGGGUUUUUUCUCGGGCGAUAUAUUUUGUUUUGAUGUUUUUACAUUGCCUUAAAUGAUGUCUUCACUUUAUGUUGAUAAAUUAAUUAAUAUCCAUGUGAAUGGUUAAACGACUGAACUGUGAGCAAAAUUAAAGCUUUGCACUUCUGUGCUCUUAUUUGGUAUUGCAGACGCAUGACAAAUUUUAUUGAAAUAAAUAUCCUACCCUCCAGAGA